GCUGCUCCUACUUUAAGUUCCUCGAAUAUGUCACGACCUCGCGCCGCAACAACAGUCUUGCCAGCCAUGGCAUCACAGUCGCCGACACCCCGCCAGCCAGGACAAGGCCCCCACACUUCAAUACUCCCAGGAAGUCCACCGCUAGGAACGGGAGAUUAUGGUAUCACAAGCACCGCCCAGGGCCCAUUGCGUCACCCUCAGCCGCUGACGCCUUCGGACCUCCAUUUAGUGCUUGAGAAAGAGCAGGAAGCGAUGGUGAAUCGGUUGACCCGAGAGCUUUCCAUCCUCCGCCAACAAACCGCAUCGGUAGCAUCAACAGCAUCCUCCACCUCCAACGUCAAUGAAUCAGAAGCCCGAGCAUCCCCGACCUUCAGCAGCUCAACCCGCUCCCAAUCAGCCCGCCGGAAUCGCUCAAACUCAAGCCUCAGCUCCCACGCUUCAACUCAGCAACAGACAGGAAGCAUAAAUGGCAUCGCGCCGUCACGAGAAACAAGCCAUCCAUCUCGAGCUGACCACCGCACCGUCCGCAGCCGUGAGCCAUCCCUCACAUCCCGCCGACCCUCUACCGGGUCAUUAUCGACUUUCUCCCAUAGCAACAGCAGCGUUUACCCACACCGCAACUCGCCGUCGCAGACCCACGUGGGGUAUUCGCCUGGCGCUUCGUGGUCGCGGUUCGAGGAAGCUGUGCAGCACAGGUCAGAGCUUGAGCAUACCAAGCGGGAGAACGAGCAGCUGAGGAAGCGUGUUUGGGAACUGGAGCAGACUCUGAAAAAGCAAAAAGAGCAGGCUUCGAGAGAAACCCCGGAUGGGAUCAUCGAUGCCUGA